CUUUCUUUUAUUUCGUUACCUUACAGUCAACUAACUUCUUCCCCACUCUUUCAAAAAAUGGCUCUUCGUCUCGCUACUACUCCUGCUCUUCGCUCUACUGCACGCGUUAUGGUGCGUCAACAACCUAUGGGCCUUGUCAAGAUUCACUCUUCUGUCGCCCAAAACAACACUAUUUCUACUCCUAAGCCUGACCGUCUUCAUGGUUCUUACCAUUGGGAUAUUGAACGUGCUGCCUCUGUUGCUCUUGUUCCUAUCAUUGGUGCACAACUCGCUUACGGUGCUUCUCCUAUCACCGAUACUCUUUUAGGUGUUGUUCUUCCUCUUCACCUUCACAUUGGUUUCGAUGCUUGUAUCACUGAUUAUUUCAAUCCUCGUAAGGGUGUUCUUUUGAACAAGUUGAUGAAGGGUACUUUAUAUCUCAGCACUGCCGGUGUUCUUGUUGGUUGCUACCAAUUCAACACAAACGAUAUUGGCCUUACUGAAUUUAUCAGCAAGUUGUGGGUCUAAGCAAAAUAUCUAUUCUUUUUUCUCUAUAAUUUUCUCGAUACAUGAACCAACAUACACCUUUUUUUUUAAACGAUACGACAUGCCACACCUAUUUUUCACCUCCUAUCGAUAUAUACACUCAAAUCAUGUUGAAAAGAAAAGAAAACAGAUUGUAAGCGAGAAUACCAAUAAAAAUUAUUGUUUUUUUAA